GAAGAAGUCGAAGAAGAAGACAAGGAAGAACCGUAGUUGACCUAUCUCCAACAAGAAAAUGGACACACGGUUCACUCGCGGGAAAUCCAACAUCUUGGAGCGACCCCUAACCCGACCCAAGACGGAAGUCAGCGUGAGCGCGUUUGCCCUCCUGUUCUCAGAGAUGGUCCAGUACUGUCAGAGCCGCGUGUACUCUGUGUCUGAGCUGCAGACGCGGCUGGCGGACAUGGGCCAGAGUGUGGGAGCCGGCAUGCUGGACGUGCUGGUGCUGAGAGAGAAGAACGGGAAGAGGGAGACUAAGGUGCUCAACAUGCUGCUCUUCAUCAAGGUUAACGUCUGGAAGUCUCUGUUCGGGAAGGAGGCUGACAAACUGGAACAGGCCAACGAUGACGACAAGACUUACUACAUCAUAGAAAAGGAGCCACUUAUCAAUGCGUACAUCUCUGUGCCCAAGGAGAACAGCAGCCUGAACUGCGCUGCCUUCACUGCAGGCAUCGUGGAGGCCAUCCUCACACACAGCGGCUUCCCUGCUAAGGUCACUGCCCACUGGCACAAAGGCACCACGCUAAUGAUCAAGUUUAACGAGUCAGUAAUAGCCAGGGACAAGGCUUUGGAUGGCAGAUAAGGAAGACUCUUGAGAGUUGAGAGGUUAUGUUAGUCCAUGCAGGUUGAGGAUAAUUCACCCAAGUCCAGGCUAGUGUUUGUUCCUGACUGAAUUUUCCUGUGGUAACUGGGCAACUUUAUGGAUGGAUGACUGCACCGUACUGAGCCACGCCGAGAGACGAAAACAUGCAGCUAGUUGGCUCAAUCAAGUUUUUGUGGAUCAUCUCACUCCUGUUAUACCUCAUGAAGUGACACAAAAUUGUUUACUGAAGAUCUUUGAUUUGCAGUUUCAUGUCACAUUUUUACAUCGCAGAUCAUUCAUAGACGAUGAAAAUAUUGGAUAAUACUUUCACCACACUUGUUCAACUGUAAUUCUCUGAUUUAAGCCCAACAGGUCAACAUAUUGUAAUUAAAUAACUGUAAUUAAAUAAUUUCACCUUGGGCUCUGGGAGAUUGUGGUGGCCCAUUUACACUAUUUUUAGACUUUCUGUAGACUAAACAAUGAUUCAGUGAAUCUAAAAAACAGUUUUAUUUGAUAAUGAAAGUAAUGGUCAGGUGCAGCCUCAUAUGGUGAAAGUGAAACCGCUGAAAGGCCUACUUCAUGGUGGCCAACUAAUUAGAGCAUCUGUUGUUUAUAUCAUGUUCAUAAAAAUUGGCGUCACAGUACCUCAAUACAGAAUAUUUCAUUACACAGAGGGAGGUCCAGACUGAUGAGAUUAUUCUCUGUUUCAUUCCAGCUCAUGUCUGUAAAAUAGAUUCGUAAUCAGAGCCGUAGCUAUCAUUGAUGACACUGAGGUCAUAUUCUCACUUUGUUUAUUUCAUCAGAUUUGUUUUGUGUGUGUGUGUUUGAGAGAGAAUUGGGGGCAGUUAUUACCAACAUAGGGGAGUUUACAUUCUGUAUUUAAAUACAAAACUUGAACAUUAAGUUUUUAAAUCAGACUCGACAAGAUAAAGAGAGAUGGAGGCAGCAAAAUAACGGAUACAUCAAGGCUUCAGCAUUUCAGGAUUUCAUUCCUGGCAGCAUUGAGAAGGAUUUGAAACAAAUCCUUUGCAAAAUAAAUAAAAUGUAAACAUUUCAAAUGGUGAAUGAAAUCCAGAACAUUUUGGUUUUCCAGUCAGAACGAUGUGAGGGUGGGGCAUCCUGGUGACCAGGUGGUUAAGAUGUGUUACCAUGUAACUUAAAAAUGUUUGGAAAAUAUGCUUAUUACCACAUUCAUGUCUGUACAGUAAUUAUGAAGCUACAGCAGCCAAUUAGCAUAGCUUAGCAUAAUGACCUAGCGCUGUCCAAAUGUAACAAAACCUCUGAUUGUCGCUAAUUAACAUGUUAAAUACUGGUUGCUUUGUAUGGUAGUUUGUAUCCAUACGAAACAAAGUGUAAAAGUGCAAAAACAGUUUUUAAGGGUUGUAUGCCAGGCUAGAUGUUUCCCUCUGUUUCCAGUCUUUGUGCUAAGCUAGGCUAACUGGUCCUUGGCAGUAGAUUCUUAUUUACCAUACAGACAUGAGAGCGCUGUCAGUCUUCUUUGAUAAUUGUCUUCAACAAAGCAAAUGUCCCAAAAUGGUCAGUUCAUCUACAGCCCUGCUCAUAUUGUUUAUUAUUAUUUAUGGCACCGUUUAUUUGUCUGUUGGAUAAAACCGUAAUAAAACAAUGUGAAAUGU